AUGGGGGAUCGAGAAACAUUGGCUAAAGCUCGAAGAGAGCUGGAAGAGUUGUAUCUGGGUGUCCCUGAUGAUUCUGUAAACCUAACUUUUCAAGAUUUUGCAGAAGUUUCACAGAAUCUGUCGGCCGGAAAAAAGAAACCAUCACCGUCGGCGCCGAUGCCCACCACUAAGAAAAUGGAUCCCAUAUCUGAAUCCACCACUCCUAAACACCACCACUUUCCACCACAACAUUUGGCCAAGAUACCCAGUCUUGAUUUCAGUAGAGGCUUAGAAGCAGCUUCCACCACGACUGCUCCGUCGCAUCACCACCACCGUGUAACGGCGGACCCACCGACUCUUUCUUUGCCGCCGGGGAGUGGUUACAGGCACCAUGGCGGCCACCAAGUGGAGGAGGUGGUGGUAAGGCAACAUGGGAAUAGAGGACAUGAUUUUUAUGGUCAUGGUGAUCAGCAUGGGAUGAAGAGUCAUGGACAUGGGAAUCAUCAUGGGCAUCAUGUGAUGGAGAAUAGCAUGGCGUAUGAUGACAUGAGUAUGAUGAGUGGUAUGAGCAUGACAUCCAUGUACCAAGAGAAGACCUCACGACGUCGUCCUGGGAUCCCUCACUCCAAUAUUUGCACUGUCUGCAGUGUCUAUAUCUAUAUAUUUCGUAACCGUUGCCUUGUUUGUGGAAGAGUGUAUUGCAGACAAUGCUUGAACAUCGGCAUGGGAGAGAUGACUGAAGGAAGAAAGUGCGUUGACUGUCUCGGAAGAAAAUUCAGUCAAAGGUACAUACAUAGAGCAGGGAAUACGGGGUAUUGGUCAAGCUGUUUCAGUGGGUACCCAAAUGGAGUAAAGAUCCAAGAACUUAAAUGGGCCGAAAAGGGGCCCAGAAGAUCAGCGGAGAACAGAAGCGUAAUGAUGUCUAAAUCAAGAAGCCCAUUGGGCCCACCAAGAACACCAAAUAGGGCCCAUAUUCCAAGCGGCCCACCUUCUUUCGUUACUACCCCUGACUAUACCCCUUAUGCUACCCCCACACGUCAUCACCUUCCUUUUUAAAAAAUAAU